AUGAGAGGCCAUCUUUUUCCUCUGCACACCUUCCCAUCAAGGUCCUCCUCACUUUUGAGGUCCUUAACAGCAUGCCACAACCAGAGGUACCAUAGCAGUCAAGUUAGCAAGGGAGAGCACAGCAGCCACAUGAAUAUAGAAGAGAGAGCACCUUCAACAGCUGAGGAGUUCAAAAGAGUUGCUGAGGAGAAGCUGAAGAAGGCAGAGCAAGGUGUAGCCAGUCAAACUGCUGACAAGACAUGUGAUGUGACAGAGGAGACUACCUUGGGGGACUCUAGCGUUGACUCUGUCAAGAACAGGUACAAGCAAAAUGAACCUGGUGCUGAUUACAGAAGGAGGCCACAUGAUGACUGA